AUCAUUGUUCGUUGAAUGUGAGACAAGGAUAGAAUGCUACCCAAGAGCACUUGUUUGUGAUGUUUCCGAACGCAGCCUUAUUAGUGGCAACAGCUGCAGCUGUUACUGAUUAUAGCACGGAAGAGAACCACAAAAUCGUGAAUUUUAUCUACGGGUUUCAUUAAUAUUGGUUACGUAGUUAGUUCAACAUUUUAUGGACAAAAAAAGGCGCUUUAUUCAACAGCACUAGGUGCAGCACGAAACAAGAACCAAAUUUCAAAAUGACUGGGCAUUUCGAUUUCUUUAUGAACUACGGCACAUGUAUCUGGCCUGACUCACGUGGAAACGUAUCACGAUGAGAAACUUGUGUUUCUGUCGCACGCGGACUUGAGAUUGCCGAUCCGAAAUGCGUCUGCGGAGAAGACUUGGAUUGCUGUCAUUUCUAAUACUAUGGCGAUUACUCAGCGUUUUCGUGGUACGGACCGUUCAUGUGCCGGACGAGUAUUGGCAGUCGUUGGAGGUGGCCCAUCGUUUAGCCUUUGGUUACGGAUACCUCACGUGGGAAUGGAUAACGAUGAUCCGUAGUUAUAUGUAUCCGUUUCUCAUAUCGAUUCUUUAUCGAGCGCUUGCCGUACUCUCGUUGGAUAGCGUGCCACUGUUGACGAUACUGCCUCGCGUUUUUCAAGCUAUUCUCGCCGCCUAUGCGGAUUACGCAUUUUACAAAUGGACCAAGAACAUAUGGAUGUUGAGCGCUCUGUUGAUAAACUGGUACUGGUAUUAUUGUGCCACAAGAACACUGAUAAAUUCAGUGGAGACUGCCUGUACCAUCAUAGCGUUAUCGAUGUUCCCAUGGAAGAAAUUCCAUGUGCGAAGCGUAAAGUUUUUGUGGAUAGUAAGUUUUCUCUGUAUGGCGAGACCUACUACUGGAAUCGUGUGGCUUCCCUUGUGCUUGUAUCACAUUAGUAUGAGUUCAGAAAAGAAAAAAUUACUUAGUCAGUACGUGUUAAUAUGUUCCAUUUGCAUAGCAAUUUCUGUAUUAAUAGACAGUUACUGUUACGGAACAUAUGUGAUUACCCCAUGGAAGUUUUUCCAGCUUAACGUGCUUGGAAACGUCGGGAGCACAUACGGUACCAAAAACGCCUUAUGGUACAUCUAUUCCGCUUUACCUGUACUCCUCGAACUGUACUUCUUUCCAUUCUUGUUUUCUUGUUACUUAAUAUUAAAGUGUCCCGAUUUUUUCCCUCGAAAAGAAUUGAUUAUGGUGGGAGUAAUUGGUUGGUCUAUAUUCGUCUAUUCGUUACUACCUCAUAAAGAAUUUCGAUUUAUCUUACCCCUCUUGCCACUGUUAAUAUACGUAAGUUUCUCUUGUCUUAAUCGUUUCAAAGUCAUGCCUAGUGAGCGUCGAAAGGUCAUAGCGUUGUUUGUAUUGAGCAACGUCUUGCCCGGAUUAUUCUUUUCCACGAUUUACCAAUGUGGCACAUUACCGAUAAUAGAGAUCCUGCGAGACGAGAUUACUCGUGCGAACAUCUCAACAAACACACUGAUUUUGACUCCGUGUCACAGCACUCCAUUGUACAGUCAUUUACACGUGAACACAUCGAUAAGGUUUUUAACAUGCGAGCCUAAUUUGAACAACGCCGAGGAUUAUGUAGACGAAGCGGAUCAAUUCUUCGCGAACUCGACAGUCUGGCUCAACGAUAAUUAUGUUAACAAUGAAAAAGUCACGUUACCGACUUAUGUGAUAGUAUUUGAUAACAUAGUGAAUGAAAUUUCUGAAUUUUUACGUCCAUAUGAGUUGAUUGCCAAAAAAUAUCAUACAUAUUUUCCAGAACGGAAUUAUGGAGAAAAUAUAUUAUUAUAUAAGCAUGUGUAAUAUAUUCAAUUCAUGUAUAACAUAUGUAAUGAUAUAUAAAUAAAAAUUUUUAUUAAUGAGUAAUAACUUUGUACUCAAAGCGUCAAAAACUAA